AUUGUUUAUUUGAAAGUGAUCAGUGUAAAACAAGUCAGUGCCGUGUGUUAUCCGUUAUCCAUGCUCUUGUGCGAAUAUUUAGGAUACCAAAGUUUUUAUAACCUCAAAAUUUUGAUAUAAACAAACGAGAUCAAAGAGAUGUCAGUCGAAGGUGUAAUGGUUUCAUACAACUACUCAGAAGACGGCGAACAUGCAAACAUCCUGACUGUAUCCGCUUCAGGUAUAAAGUUCUCCAACCGCUGGGUCCUCACACACGGCUCCAUCUUGUCACCAUUGAAGCAAGCCCGCGUACUACAAAAUUCGAAAGGCAAGCCAAUAUUAAACGAAGAAUUCUAUAAUGAUCUCCCAGAGAUACAUAUAACUUGUGAGAAGAAACAAUCCAAAGUGCCAAAUGUGUAUGAGGGAGUAGAGAAGCUCAGUAGAGAGAGGAAUUUAGAUAAUGAUGCAGACUUUGAGCAUAGCAGUUAUCAAAUAAGAGUCCUGACGGGAAGGGUAUGUCACGUGUGGCAGUGUCCUAUUUUGGACCGGUGUGUUGACGAUAUCCUGUACAGCUGGACGAUUGGCCACAGAGACGGCGAUGUGGACAAACAGUCGCAAUUAGGGAAGGCUCUGCUCUCUGUAUUCGUGCUUGUCGACUUGGAAAGUGAUGACAGAGGAUUAAAAACAUUAAGGCCUCUAUCAGAGCUGUUAGACUUGGUGAAGCCACCUCCUGAACGAGGGGCUCCUGUAGAAGUACAUUCUACACCAUUUGGUUGUGAAGUAUUUCUCAAUGGUGUGACAAGAGGUUCCGUCUGCGGCGUGGUAGGUAAGAAGCCAUCACUUCUACUCACCGACGCUGCAACAGCCUUGGGUUCUGAAGGCGGGCCUGUUUUUAACGAAGGACCUACAAAGGAGUUGAUAGGCACCGUUGUAUGCAGUGUGUCAUGGUGGCGCGGAGAAUGGGUGGGUCUAACCUUGGUGGCACCCCUAGGCUCAGUGCUCUCUGCGAAACUGAGAGUAGCACCUCCCAGCGUGCCCCGGUCGCAACCUACGCACCCCCACACACAAAUAUUAGGUCAAGUGGACACGUCGGUGGCGCUGGUGCGCUGCGGUAUAGCUUGGGGCGCCAGUCUGUACCUGGGCGGAGGAUUCUUUCUUACCUGCGCACACGUCGUCAAUAACUAUGCAUCGAACAAAGUAUCUCUGUACUGCGCGGGAACACGUAACGCUGCAAUCGUGCGCUACAAAACGAGAACGGAUCGCGCUUAUGACCUGGCGCUGCUCUAUUCCAACCCUGAAUACUGGACGCACCUUCAACCCGCUACCUUCGCACGCGAGGCUGCUGAAAAAGGUGAGCCGGUGAUAGCUGCAGGAUACCCUUACUUCAAUGAGCAGCACUUGGAACACCUGCGUCCGACGGUGACCGCCGGCCACGUCAACAACGUCUCACCAUCCAUGCUCCAGACGUCAUGCUGCGUGCAGUCAGGCUUCAGCGGAGGUCCAAUAUUUCGCGUGUCAUCCGAGUCAACAAUAGAAGUGCUAGCAGUGGUUGUAAGCAAUGCGAAGACUCAUACCGGCGCCUGCUACCCAUAUAUCAAUAUGGCGGUACCUGUCAGGGCAUUCAUGCAUUUGAUACAAGACUUCAUACAGAAUAAAGAUGUCAGCAAGUUGUCAUCAUUAGAAAACAACACAGAUGUGAUCCAGUCGCAAUGGAGGUUACUGCCGUAUAGAUCUAAAAUAUAGGACAAUUAAAAUGUUAAAAAAAAAAAUUGUGGG